AUGUAUCUCGUUGAGGCGUUGAAUACACGUAAAUUUUGCCAACGUGCUAUUGAUGAAAUCGGUAAAAUUCACGCAUAUUCAAGAUCUCAACGUGAGGUUCAUCAUGGUUUCGUGAAUGAGCACGCCUUAUAUCAUGAAAAAAUACAUGGAAGUCACAGUUCAAAAGCUAGUCAUCCAACUGCGCACGCAGGAUCCAGAACUGAGUAUCAUAAAUACAGCGAUUCAAUGAGAACAUUCGACAUUUUGAUGAAAAAUCCGCAAUUCGAAAGCUAUUUGUGUAUGCUUCGCAAGGCAAAGGAUAUGAGAAGUAAGUACGAGAGCAAACGUUAUGAGAUUAGACUACGCAAUUACUAUCGGUGUAUGCAGCUGAGAGAUGAACAAGCCUCAACUUACGCCAGGGUAACGGCAAUCACAGCGUUGCGAGAUGCGGAAGUGAAUUUACGAUGCUUCGACUGCUUGAGUCCGGAAGAGCAAAAUGAAGUGGAGGAAGUUUGGAAGCCGAAUGAAUCAUUUUUGGGCAAGAAAACUCGCGUAAUCUACGAUCGGAUCAAGGAGGCACUUCUGGCUGCUGUCAAUGUGCACAAGAAGAGCGAUCCUAAGGAAUGGGAUUAUUCAUGGGAAAAAGCAGAACUAACUCACAGUUGGAAAGGGGAUUGGUGGAACGUAAUAGGAAUUGAUGACUCACUCUCAAUUGCCGAUAAAACUAUGGAAGUUUUACGGAGAAAGAUGCGUGGCGGCGGUAAACGACCUAAACUCGGUGAUCACUUUGAGUUGAGGCUUCCGGCCGUCACAAAACACGAAAUGGGAUGGUAUCGCUGUGUGAAGCGCUUGCACACUAACGACAGCGAUGACAGGAACGGUGAUAUCAUCCAAGUUGCGAAUAUGUACUUUGUGGAUGCAAUCUCGAAUAUCACCUCGAACGUCGUUAGUUUCAACCAACUUUUUUAUUCCUUCCAAUUAUUCUUAUGGAUCUGA